AUGCCGGGGUCGGGGCAUAGGUCGGAGAUGGCGGAGGCGAGCCCCGACAGUGGACACGCCGAGUCCGCCCCCAUCCUGUCCGGCGAUGACGAGUCCAGCCUGGAGGAGUGGAACACGGGCCUUUUUGACUGUUGGGAGGACUGCCAUCUAACGGCCGAGGGCCUGUGCUGUCCGCAGUGCUUGCAUGCGGACAACGCGACGCGGAUCGACCGCUUUGCGACAUGCUGCCCAUACCAGUGCAGCUACAUGUGCCUCUCCGCCCUCCUCCUCUGCUCAUUGGUGGGAGGGCACCACCGGAAGGAGCUUCGACACACCUUUUCCCUGCCGGAGUCUCCGUGCAGCGAUCACAUGGUGCACUGCUUCUGCUCCUGCUGUGCCCUGUGCCAGGAGGCCCGUGAGAUCAAGCCCGCACCGCGGCUGGCAGCGGGCCUGGCGCGCACCGGCCAGCCGCCAGAGGUGCAGCACAUGGCGCGCACCUACUCCCACGGCCUGUCGCUGGAGGAGUGGGAGUGGGACGCGGCGGGCGGCAAGGUCGGCCUGGACCCCGGCACGCGCAGGUCCAGCAAGGCCACCAGCGUCGUGGCUCCCAAGGCCAAGGCCAUCCGCCGCAGCGCCAUGGUCACGCGGCCCUCGCAGGCCGGCAGCGCGCGCUCCGCCUCGGCGGACAGCAGCGGGGGAGGCCUGGGGUCCAGCGGCGGGGGCCUCUCUGGCGCCGACGGGGAGGGCGUGGGCGAGGAGGGGGACGACCCCGCCGCCCUAGAGGCGCACGCCGGCAGCCUCAGCUUCGUGCUGACGCAGGCCGCGGUGGCCGCCGCGCAGCGCAUCCAGGAAAAGGACCGCCAGGAGCACGCCGCCAUGGAGCGGCGGCUGGAGAGGGCGCGCAGCUCGCGCCGGGAGCGCAUGGAGUGA